AUGUAUGAUCCUAAAGCUGUUGUGACAGUAAAGCCUGAAGAAAAUAUGUUCAGAGAAGAAACUCUCAUUCUCAGAUGUGACAUACAGGGUGGAGGAGACACUGAAUGGACAUACAGCUGGACUGUAGAAAGUACCAACUACUGGAAUAAAAACACUGUCAAUCAAUACAAGAAACAAGAGUAUAAAAUCAGCAGUGUUGAACACACACACAGUGGUAAAUACAUCUGUAGAGGAAAGACAAGAGAUGGACAAAACUCAGAGAUCAGUGAUGCUGUUACACUGACUGUGUCAGAAAUUCCCAAACCAACUCAGACUGUGAAGCCACAGAGUUCAGUGUUCACUGGAGACACAAUUACUCUGAACUGUGAGGUGGAUCAGUCAACAGAAUGGGAGUUUCUAUGGACAAAAGAUUCAGACUUUGAAUUAUUUGAAGCUACAGGAACUAAAACAAUCAGUUCUGUGAAAGUCUCUGAUGGAGGACAGUAUGAGUGCAGAGCACGAAGAAGAGAAAACAUACAUGUUCUCACAGAUUACAUUGAACCAUUAACAGUGACAGUAGAGGAAAGACCAAAAGCCAAAGUGAUCGUACAGCCUCAUGAACGUGUGCUCGUUGGAGAGACAGUCACUCUCAGAUGUGACAUACAGGAGGGAGGAGACACGAGCUGGCAGUACAGCUGGUAUAAAGAUGAUUCAGUCAUUGAAUAUAAACUACAGGAAUACACAAUCAAUUCUGUUACUGAGUCUAAUGCAGGUAAAUACAGAUGUAAUAGAAAAGAGAUUGGAGGAUCACGAUACUCACACACCAGUGAUGAAGUUACACUAAGAGUAUUGGUGUGCAGAAAUAUUCAAUACAUGAUGACAGAAUAUUUUUCUAAGAGCAUUACGAGAGGUCAGGUUUAUGCAUUGUGUACUGGAGAGACAGUGACUCUGAAGUGUGAGAUAGAGUCUCAUUACAGUAACUGGAGAUAUCAGUGGUAUAAAAACAGCACUGCAGUGUCUGAGUCUGAGCGUUACACUGAAAUGAAGACAAAAUCAACCAAUUUAUUUGUGAUUAUCAUAACAUCUUUAUCAUCUUUACACUUCACAUCUGACUCUCUCUCUCUGAGCUGUGAGGAUCAGAGUAACUCUGCUGGAUGGUCAGUGAGAAGAUACACAGACAGAUGGGGGCUGCAAGAUUGUUCAUCAAUAUACUGGGGAUCACAAACAGGAUCUAAAUGUAGAAUAAGUCCCGUCUACACAUCACACACUGGAGUGUACUGGUGUUACUCUGAAUCUGGAGAGAACAGCAAUCCUGUUAAUAUCACAGUACACUAUGGUGGUGUGAUUCUGGAAAGUCCUGUUCAUCCUGUGACUGAAGGAGAUUCUCUGACUCUACGCUGUUUAUAUCGAUAUAAAAAUCCAUCAGUCCUCACAGCUGAUUUCUAUAAAGAUGGAUCCCUCCUCCAGAAGAAGACUAAGGGUUUCUACUACUGUAAACACACAGAGAGAGGAGAGUCACCCAAGAGCUGGAUCUCAGUCAGAGCUGAGAGUCAAUGGAAAGUUCAGAGUUCUGUCCUUAACAUGUUGAGUUCUCUACUGGCAGCUUGUCCAUAUCUGCUAUUGACCGUCAUACUGUUACGUCUGUUGAAGACCAAUGCCAGUAUGCAACGUAACUUUAACAGUCCGCCAACAGGUGGCAGUAACGUGCUGAUGUGCUCCUCCUCUCUGCAGCGCCGAAGAAGACGAAUAGGAGAAACACGAGUUUACAGUCACGUGGGAGAUACGCAGUUUAGAAGAAAUUAA